GCUCGGCGCUCGGGGUGGGCGGCUGGCGUCCAGGCCGCUGCUGGGCUUGGCGGAGAGAAGAGAUUACGCAAAGAAACUUGCUGAAGUUUAGAACCCAGUUUUGGCUUUUUGGCUGCGUUGGUUCAGCCCAGAAUGGAUAUGGAAUCCAGAGCAGUUUCAGCUGUGAUAUCCCAAGAUCUACACGACCAAGGACUGAUACUAGUGAAAGUAGAAGACACCCUCCCCUGGGGCCAGAAAUGUAAACCCAGUAGGAGCACUCAGUCCUGCCAAGACACCUUCCGCCAGCAGUUCCGAAGGUUUUCCUAUCAUGAGUCCACAGGGCCCCGGGAGGCUCUGGGCCGGCUCCGCGAGCUCUGCCAGCGCUGGCUGAGGCCCGAGGUGCACACCAAGGAGCAGAUCCUGGAGCUGCUGGUGCUGGAGCAGUUCCUGGCCAUCCUGCCGGAGGAGCUGCAGAGCUGGGUGCACGAGCGUCAGCCGGCCAGUGGAGAGGAGGCCGUGACCCUGCUGGAGGAGCUGGAAAGGGAGUUUGAUGAACCAGGGCAGCAGGUCUCAGCUAAUCCACAGGGACCAGCAGUGCCAUGGAAGGACAUGACAUGCCUUGUAACAUCCCAGGAAUCAUCAAACAUCCAGUGCCAACCCUUGAAGCAGCAGCUGCACUCGUGGAACCCUUGCCUUUCCCCCAAGCGUGAUUGUGAGAACAAGACAGCAAUGGAAGAGGACAUUUCAGGAGAGAAAUCACGGGCAUCUCCUCUGGGACCUUCGUUUGAAGGAAUCUGUGAGCAUGAAAACAGUUUAGAAUGGCAGCAGGGACGCACGUUAGGAGAAAAAUCGAGAAGAUCCCCUUCCCAAGGGGGCAGUUUUAGUGCAAUGUUCUUCACAAACAAAUCUCCAGUAAAGAUAGACCAUCUUGAUGACCCCCAAAGAUGUGUGAUUCUCAGUACAAACUCUCUGACAUGUCAGAAAGUUCCCAUAGAAGAGCGACCUUACAGGUGUGAUACAUGUGGGCACAGCUUCAAGCAGCAUUCCUCUCUGACACAGCAUCAGAGAAUCCACACUGGAGAAAAGCCUUACAAAUGUAACCAGUGUGGCAAGGCCUUCAGCUUGAGGUCAUAUCUCAUUAUUCACCAGAGAAUUCAUAGUGGUGAGAAAGCGUAUGAGUGUAGUGAAUGUGGGAAAGCCUUCAACCAGAGCUCAGCCCUCAUUAGACACCGGAAGAUUCACACUGGUGAGAAAGCUUGUAAGUGUAACGAAUGUGGCAAAGCAUUCAGUCAAAGUUCAUAUCUUAUUAUACAUCAAAGAAUUCACACUGGUGAGAAGCCUUACGAGUGUAACGAGUGUGGGAAAACAUUUAGCCAGAGCUCAAAGCUUAUUAGACACCAGCGCAUUCAUACAGGAGAGAGACCCUAUGAAUGCAAUGAGUGUGGAAAAGCUUUCAGGCAGAGCUCUGAGCUGAUUACCCACCAGAGAAUCCACAGUGGAGAGAAACCCUAUGAAUGUAAUGAAUGUGGGAAAGCCUUCAGUUUGAGCUCAAACCUCAUUAGACAUCAGAGAAUUCAUAGUGGAGAGGAGCCCUAUCAGUGUAAUGAAUGUGGCAAAACCUUCAGAAGGAGCUCAGCCCUGGUUCAGCAUCAGAGAAUCCACUCUGGGGAUGAAGCAUACAUAUGUAAUGAAUGUGGAAAGGCGUUCAGGCACAGAUCCGUCCUUAUGCGCCACCAGAGAGUCCACACUGUAGACUUGUGAAUACAGUGAAUAUUGCAACUACUGAGGUCAGAGUGUUGUCUUUGUUAGAAGGGUUUACUUUGGAAUAAGACCCCAUAAAGGGUGUCAGUUACUAGGUUAUUAUAUGGGGUCAUCUAACAGCUUUAUGCAGCUCUUCCCAAUGCUAGUACAAAUUGUCCCUUGAAAACUUUUCCUAUGACUAGUAAGGCAGGAGAAUAAUUCCUUCCAGGUUUGUUUUGUUUACCAUUGGGAAUACUCAGGAAAUCUCAAAAGGAGAAGUGUAAGUGAAACCUCAUUUUCUUUGAGAAUGUCACGAAGAGGGUAUAGCAAUCCAGCCAGUGCCACUGCAUCUGUCAGUCAGGCCUGAGGGCUGGGGUAGACAGUGUGAGGGACUUUUUGUCUCACGAGUCCAAAAAAAUUGUACUGGCCAGGAAGAACAGUAAGAAAACUGAGUGGUUACAUCAAUGAUGUAUGUCUAUGAUGGGUCAGAAGUAAGUAGGAAAAGAAAAGCCAUAAAUUAAUUUAUCCAAGUUUUUUUGUACUUUUUUGUGCCAGGGGGUCACAAUGCAACAUAAGAUGUCACCUCUACAGCUGAUAGGCAGAGGCAGUGACAUUGUCCAGUCCACACUAUGUGACUGUAUCAGCCUCACACAAAGAGAUGGGGUCGAACACCUGCAAUAUGAGGAAGAGUUGGCCACAGGCAGACCAGAGCGAAUGACCCCGGUAAGGGAAGCCGCAAAAAGCAUGAACAAACUGUAGGACGUGUGUACUGUAUGUUUUGAAGAGGCCUCAUAGCUUUAGAAGGACCAGUGCAGCCAGAGUCUCCCAAGCACUGCCUAUUGCAAGAUAAGAAGCAAAGGAGAACUCUCUGCUCAUAGCACCUAGGUCCCUUGGACCCCAAGAUAGUGGGGAGCUCUGUCAUGACUGAUGUGACCCCAGAAAAGGGCUAAUAGGUGGGUUCACAUGUGAGCUAAGCUAGAACGUCUGUCAGUAUAGUGGUGGAAAGAGCCCAGCUU